CACACGCUCUCACACACACUCUCACACACUCCCUCACACACCCUCAGUUUGAUCUAUCAGGAGGAAGUUUUUUGUGUUUGAACAGUCAUGGACAGUGAGUGUAAGGUUCAGAUGGACUCAGACUCAGACAGCAGGAAACACAGAGCGAGCUGCUCCGUCACCUCGGCUCUGCUCGCCUUCACGCUCUGCCUCGCUGUUGCUGCUGCUGCCCUCCUCCUGUUCUCCACACACCAACAGAAACCAGGACGAGAUGAGGACAGUUUUGACCUUCGUCACACGCUGAGGCAGAUUUCAAACGUGAGAGCAGCCAUUCAUUUAGAAGGACACCACAACCCUAAAAGGAAGACCUCAGUGGAGUGGAGUACUAAUGUGGACCAGUCACACUCUCAGGGAGAUUUUCAACUUGACAAAAACGAGAUUGUGAUUCCUCACAGCGGGCUCUACUUCGUGUACAGUCAGGCGUCUUUCAGGGUCAGCUGCAGUAUCUCAGAUGAUGAAGACCCCUCUCAGAGGCCUCUGGUCCACCUGAGCCACACCGUGAGGCGCUGGAGCAGCUCCUACAGCAAUGACGACAACAAGAAGACUUACGAGACCAUCCUGCACUCGGUCCGCACUGCCUGCCAGAAGACCAACAGCAGCGACCCAGAUCAGGAAGGCAGCUGGUUCUCAGCGGUCUACAUGGGUGCAGUGUUUAACCUGAACCAGGGGGACAGACUGAAGACGGUGAUGGAGGAGAGGAUGCUGCAAGACCUUGAGGACAGCCCAGGGAAAACCUUCUUCGGAGUGUUUGCUCUGUGAGGAGGAUAGGAUAGGAUGGAUGUGAAUUGACCUGGGUCAGGACUGGGUCAAGACUGAUCCACUGUGAGACCUGAUGAAUGUUAAAGAAGUUUAUUCUGCACUAGAAUCUUAAACCUGACUUUAUUACAGAGUCAUUAACAGUUAGCCUGCAGCGCAGAGCUCCAUGUCUCCAUGAAGACCUCUAUGGGUCCGUAUGUUACAGUACUGUGUACUGUGUACUGUGUACUGUGUACUGUCUACUGUCUACUGUCUACUGUGUGCCAUGUACUGUGUUCUACUACUGCCAGUGCCUUCUGCUGUACUGUAUGAAUGUAUUAAUGUACUUGGCCUGAAGCCUGUUUACUGUGAGCCACAAGAUUUAUC